GGAGGUGCAGCCGCCUUCCUGUGGCACCGGUAUUUCACCGAUAGCACCAAGGAGAUGGGCGUCAAGUACCGCGCGCUGACCGCUGCUUGCGCGGCGGGUCCCAUUUCGACUGGCACUGCCGAGGGCGGGGCCUCUGGCGUGGUCAUGGGGGCGUCCGAGCUCGCGGAGGCCGACCAGGAGGACCUCAAGAAAACCAAGGACUUGCUCCUCUCUCUUCGCAGGAAGUCCGUUUCGUUCGUGGCGCUGCCGUCGGUUGGCGGAGCCACUGGCGCGGAACGCAGCACCGCCCAGUUGCAGAAACUCUGGGAAGAGAUGCGUCUCGGACAUAGGUACGCCAGGAAAAAGCAAGACGUCCGAGCAUUCGUUGGGUCGGCCGACCUGUUCGCCCCAAACGUGAGCAAGAGCGGGGCGGCGGCGAGCUUGGGCGACCACGUCGCUGUGGAUGCGGAGCGUUUCGGGCGGGUGCUUGAUUUCGUCUCGCAGAAGCGCUCGGUUCACGAUAUCGUCAUUUUCCUCGACGGGCGGAGCCGGUCGCGCCGCAAACUGCUCGAGGACAAAGAGGAGGGUCUCGCAGCCUCUGGCGCGCACGCUGUGACUGAGUGUUGGUGUGUGUAUGUGCAGCCGGGCAAGGCACAGGACCCCAGAGUCCCGGGAAGAGUGACUUGUUUUGCGUGCAACAACAAGGAAGUCGUCAUCUGCUCCAUCCCGAAAAGAGGCGUCAUGAAGGUAGUGCAGCGCGCGGAGUUCAACUUGUGCGGCGAGACCACGAGUUCGUACACGACGUACACGGGCGUGCCUAUGCGGCACUACCGCGAGCUGCCGCGGAUGACCCACGACACGAAGGCCUCGAUCUUGGGAAACGCAGCCGCUGGCCCGGUGAGAGGGAGGCGCGCGCAGAAAGACAUCGAGGCGAACGGGCACCCCUUCUCGCACUUGGAGGUCAAGCCAUUGAGCUUUUGGCAGCGGAUUUGCGAGCACCAUCACAUCACGCACAUCGUUGACUUCACGGCGGGGUCUGGCGCGUUGGCAAUCGCAGCCUCUGGCGCGAUGGAGUACGAGGGCGUGGCGGUCAACGAGGUGCACCGGGAGUGGCUCGACGCGACCUUGGACCGAUGCGCACUGCACAUGGCGGGGCAUGACAAGAAUUUCGCCCAGAAGCUCGGCGGCGACGACGGUUUCGCUGAGAAAGUAGAGAAGUACUUCGCGGGAACGAUGAUGGAGGUGCGGCGCUUGCUCGAGCCAAUCGCGGACGAGGUGGACGGGGAUGGGGGGAGCUCGGACUCAGCGGAGGAGUAG